AUGAGAGUUAAUCAGUCAAGAUUUACAAACUUUGAAAUACUUGGAUUAUCAGAUUUACCCUAUGUCAAAUCAUUGCUGUUUUUUCUUGUGCUUCUAAUAUAUGUAGUAGCUUUAGCAGGAAAUCUUACCAUUCUAUUGGUAUCUUAUUUGGACAAGACACUCCACACUCCAAUGUACAUGUUCUUAGGGAAUCUCUCUUUGUUGGACAUUUGUUAUACAUCAACAACCAUGCCCAAAAUGCUACAAGUACUGCUUGUGGAUAAAAAAACAAUCUCAUUCAUUGGUUGCGUAAUUCAGCUCUAUAUCUUCUUUUCGUGUGUUGGAACAGAGUGCAUUCUUCUUGCAAUUAUGUCUUAUGAUCGUUUUUUAGCCAUAUGCAGCCCUCUGCAAUAUUUGGUGAUCAUGAACUCUAAACUUACCAACAUUCUAGCAGGUGCCUCAUGGCUUAGUGGUCUCCUGAAUUCUAUAAUCCACACCUGUUUUACUUUCAGUCUAGACUUUUGUGGUUCCAACCAAAUUAACUACUUUUUUUGUGAUAUACCGCCACUACUUUCUCUGUCUUGUGACGAUACAUUUUUGAAUGAGCUUUUAUUGCAAUCUGUUGGUGUUUUCAUAGCAUGGACACCCUUCCUGUGCAUUACUGUAUCAUAUAUUUACAUUAUUGUGACUAUUCUGAAAAUAAGAUCCAAUAAAGGUAGAGUAAAAGCUUUCUCUACCUGUUUUUCUCACAUUGCAGUAGUUAUAUUAUAUUAUGGUAGCUCUAUUUCCAACUAUGUGAGACCUGCUUCAACACAUGCUUUAGAUAAGGAUAGGGUCAUUUCAGUCCUGUAUAGUGUUGUUACACCAAUGUUGAACCCAAUCAUAUACACUUUGAAAAACCAAGAUGUCAAAAAAGCUGUUGUCAAACAAUUAUUGUACAUAAACGCAUUUAAGAAAUAA